AUGGUGCAUCGUUUCUGGGCCUGCCAACAUUCAGUUCAGUUCUGGGAGUUGUUGCGGUCGGAGUUGGGAGUUUCGGUGGCGAUCCCGCCGAGUCAGAUUGACUCCCAGAACGCAUUAGCUUCCUGGUUGCUUGGCUGGUUCGCUGGUGCGGCCGAUGAGGAGAGGGAGACCAUGAUCCAGGCAGCGUAUGGACUGUGGUUAGCAAGAAAUGAUGCAAGAGAUGGGAAGAGGAUCGCCCCGCCACAUGAAAUAUUGGCCACAGUACGUUUGCAUGUGGCCGAGUGGAAGCUGGCGCAUGAAGGGAGGGCGUCGCAGCCGGAACCCAAGAUCGUCCAUAAGUGGGAGCCCCCAGAAGACGGAUGGAUCAAGGUCAAUUCCGACGGCGCGGUCUCGAGGCAUGGAGAGAAAGGGGGAGGAGGUGCAGUGCUACGGGAUCAUCAUGGUGCCGUUUUGGCUGGAGGAUGCCAUCACUUCCCGCUGAUUGCUGACCCUGAAGCAGUGGAGGUGCUGGCCUGCAGGAGGGCUGUUCAAAUGGCCGUCAAUCUUCAAGUGCAGCGUGCUCAUGUUGAGCUGGAUAGUAAGGCGGUGGUGCAAAUGCUCAAUCAACCAUCUCUGAAUCUAUCUGCUGUGGGGCCUUGGGUGCAAGAUAUCAAGGAAAUGCUCAACUCAAUGAUGGAAUUCAAGGUUUCUUGGGUUGGUCGUUUUGGCAAUGUUGCCGCUCAUAAGCUAGCUAAAGUAGGGGUAGGUGAGGAACGGUGCGAGCUUCGCCACCAGACUUUAUCUUAG